UAAAACGGUUCAUAUCAAAUUAAAUAGACAAAUAAUAAAUAAUAAAUAGUGAAAUGUUGGAGAUACUGUUAGAUUCCAGUUUUUACCAGAGUUUGCAUAGUCACCACAUGAACGAAAGGGAGCGUGUGGAGGAGAGAUAGUGAGAGAGAGAGAUGAGCAGUCCAUCUCUCUCCAUAAGGUUCGCCUUCGUUGUCUCACUCUCUCUCGCAGCUUCUUACACUUCCUCUUCUUCUUCUUCUUCAUUCCCACCAUUUUCGACCUUCCUCAAGCUCAAUCCAUCUCCACCAAACAACCCUUCCACUCCCAAAGCCACACCCUCCGAUUUGCUCUCUCUCCUCGGCACCCCAAGCCAGGCCUCUUCAAUCGACCCCAACUUGGCCAAAGAGCUCAGGUCCUGUCUCAAAUUCCUCGUCCCCUUCUCUCCUAUUCCCCGAUCGCGUCCCCUGCUUCGCGGACUGCCCGAUUCGAUCAGUAAUCGGAAAUGGAACGAAGAGAACGAACUCGUUUGGUGGCCGCCCGCGCCGGUGAUGGAGCUCGCUCGCCUCGCCGUGGACUCCGGCGGCGAUCCGGACGCCAUUUAUCGUGCACUUGAUCCAACAAUUAUCCCUGUACCUGAUGUUGAGAAAUCAAAGGAGAAUCGAUGUGAGCUUACCAGAACCCCGUUUGGUAGACACUUUAUAAAUGAGGAGUUGAAUUCAUACAUAAAAUUUUUAUUUGAAAUUAUUGCCGCUCGGGGUCCCAGUAUAGGCUUAAAUGUAUCGUUAAGUCGCUUUGACUUAUUUCAUGGUCACAUUUUUCUUGCUACAGAUUCUGGAAGACUUGGUAUCUUGUUCCAUGCGAAAGAGUACCCAAUGUAUGAUAAGAAAAUGUUCCCUUACAAUAUGGGAUACUGCCAAAUAGGGUCUAACGUGGUAUAUGAUGAUUCAAUGAAUUUUCGAAACAUUCUCUGGCUGGCUCCAUUGCCUAGUGAUUCCACCAAAGCUUGGUUGGCACCUGGAGUUCUCGUGAUCUUGGAUGCAAAUCCAAAGGGAAUCAUAUAUAGAGAUCUCAUACCAGAAUACGUAAAUUAUGCUAGGACUAUAUACGAAGAUGAUCUUGGGGAUGUCGUAGCUGAUGUCAACUACCUGAAUAUAGGAGGUGCAGUGCUUAAUUAUCAGCUCUUCAUCUGUUAACAGCCUCCUGAAGGAGGAUGUUUGAGAUCGGCCGUCGGCUCUCUCCCUGAUUGAUGAGAAUAUCGUGUUUUUUCUUUUCAAAUAACCACCUGUUCAUGGCACGAAACAUGAGCAAAGUGAGAGUAUGCGUCGUUACUGAAGAAUGUGACCAUGCUAGAUUUCUCUACCACAAUUUUUUUGUUUUUUAUUUUUUAUUUGUGUGUGGGUGUUAAAAGCUCAAAUGUGUUGAAUUUAUUCAAGUUUAUUAAGGAUGUUGCUAGUCUCAUUUGGUGAUUGUAUAUAUUACUAUAAUACACCAUUUAUUUGGACAAUUUCAUUUUAUUGAGCUAAUUUCACAAUUCCAUUGAAUAAA